UUCAACGGAAUCUACGGAAAAGAUACGACGGAAGACAAACACGGCCGACGCAAACGUACGGGGAAUUCGCGACGGGCAUAGAGCGCUUAGCGAGAACGACUUGACAAAUACGUGGGUUUCAACGCGUCCGGCCACCGUUGGCGUUUCAGACGGCGGAGGACGAGGACGACGACGGGAAGAAGGCGUAGGAGGAGGAGGAGGAGGACGAGCACGACGACGACGACGACGACGACGACGAAGAAGAAGAAGACGACACUAACACACGCCGUGACUCGCCGUCCGUCGGUAGAUCUCGUCUCGGUCCGUCAGUCAGGAUGUCGAAGCCCGUCGAAAAGCCGGAGCAAGUUUUAAUUAUCGAGCCACAGAGCGAGCUGCGAUUCAGGGGCCCAUUCACUGGUGGCCCAGUCACAUCCUAUAUAAAAUUGAUUAAUCCCACAAACAAAAAAGUAUACUUCAAAAUAAAAACUACUGCCCCAAAGAGAUAUUGUGUACGUCCAAACUCUGGAGUUCUCAAGCCAAAGGAUGUCACUGAAAUAGCAGUAUGCUUACAACCCUAUGAUUUUGAUCCAUCUGAGAAAAAUAAACAUAAAUUUAUGGUGCAGACUGUGGUAGCACCAGACGACGACGAUGAUGAAUAUCCAAUGGAUGUAUGGAAAGAUAUAAAUCCAGAUCAGUUAAUGGACUCGAAAUUGAAAUGCGUCUUUGAGAAUCCCGUGACUAGUACGACUACUACGGCUAAAACAACUUCAACUACAACAACAACUAAAGCAGAUUCUAAUGCGACUAACGGGAAGAACAAAACAGUUGGCGAUUCAGUCAAAUCGUCACCUAAGGUACUUGGAGAAACCGAAGAAAAACUGUUAAAAGCUGCACAAGAAGUUAAUCAGCUUAGGGUAGAAGAAAGCUCGCUUAGGCAGGAAAAUCUUCAACUUAGGGAAGAUUUGAUGAAAUGGCGAAACGCGGCGCUGGGCAAUGAUGCUAACCUCGCAGCAGCUAGAGGUCUAACUUCGCAGAGCAAUAGCCAGUUAUCUCCGACAUCGACUAGCAUCAUAAUCGCCAUCGCCAUGGUUAUAGUUGGCUAUUUGCUGGGGAAACUAAUCUGAACAGCCUUUAUCUUAUUAUAUAUACCUCAGUGUAUAUCCCCACCGCCCCCUCAUGAUUUUUUUAGCCUGUCCUCUGCUGUCACACACCAUCGUUUGAUCGCAGAUCACACAGACUCCAAAUAAUAACGUUGCGUUAUUCAAAUGUUCAUAAUAAAUGCUAUAAACACGAACGGUAGUGGUCUACAGUUAAUAGCUGCUCGUUACGGAUGUGUGCUUAAACCUGAUGAGAAAAAAAAAAGUUUUGGGUUUUAAAUUUAUUUAUUUCUAAAUUUUUUUAUAAAAUUGAGAUUGUGGAAUAACAUACGAUAUAUGAUUGUUACACAUUUUUUUUUUUUUGUGCCUGCUAUAAGAUAAUUUAUACUUUCGUUUCUCUUGUGCUUGCAAAAAGUAUUUUAUAUAAUACGCUUUUCUUUUUUUUAAUUUCGUUUUAUUCUACGAACUACAGCUCUCGCGUCCGCCCUCGAGGCAGUAUUGAGCAAAUUUUUAUUCGCGAAUGAUGAGUAAUAAUGAUUUCACCGCGGCACACGCUCGAAGUCUUUAUUCCUCGUGCAUUCGUGUUGUGCUCAACACUGCCUGCAAAACAAAACAAAACAAAACAAAAAGAAAUUUAUUGAAAAUGUAAAGUUAUCGAUUACUGAUUGUAUCGCAUUCUCUCCCCCCCUCACACUUGUAUACCACACGUUCGGAAUAAACCGAGCUAUAUUGGUGCAAACACACGAUCACACACGAACGAGUGAGGAUGCGUCGUAGAUCGGCAUCCUUUUCUCCAACGCAAAUGUGCAACUCUCUCGCGUCAUCGUAUAAAUAACAUUGUACAACCGUCGUAGCGGAGAAUGCGGCGUGCUUCGGUUCGCGAUCGCGCCGAGCUACCUGAUGUUUUCUUUUACUUUCGCUCGAAUAUCAUGCGCCGCAUCCCUCGAUGCAUCCGAGCGCGCUCUGUUCUUAUUCUCCCGUUACAACACGUUACUGUGUCCAUUUUGAAAAUAUGUAACACACACACACAAUCCCGGGGGCCGCGGAGGGGAAAAAGGGAUUAGAUAUGCAAAGGGGAGAACUGGCUCAUAAGUAAAGGGGAAAAAAAAAAAAAGAAUAAGAAUAGUGGUUCACGAGCUAUCAAAAAAAUUGCUCGUGUGGACGUUGUAACCGCUGUCAUUGAUACAUAAAAAAAAAAUAAAACAAAAAAAAAUAAAAAAAAAUAAAAAACAAGAACAAAAACUAAUAAUAAUUAACGAAGAAAGAAGAGAGAAAACAGAUCUAUUUGUUAAGAUGCAUUGAAUUUAUUUGAUGCUUCAGUGUAAUUUUUAAUUUCUUUAUGUUUGUCCUUAUAAGAAUAACGAAUAAAGAUUAUAUCGGAUAUCAACCACAACAUGGCGAAGGGUUUUGAAUUUCGCACCUCUCUGCCGAAAUCUGUCGUCCAAAAACCGAAUUUCUCUCAGAGACCGCAACAGCGGUCUCUCAUAAUAAUAUAAUACACGAUUAUAUACAUGAACAACGGUGGUAUAUAUAUUUGUUACCGCUCGUCGAAAGAAAGUGUGUGUCCUUCCCGACGACACACCGUCUCAGAUUAUUAUAUUAUAAUCGAGUUGUGAAAUUCUCUCUCCGAGUUCAGGCUGAUCGCGGGUUGUCAUGUUAUAAACUACUAUUGUUGAGCACGUAAUACUUAUAUCCACACACACACACACACACAGAGACACACAAUACAUACAUUACACAGUCUAUAUAGAAUAUUUACAUAACUGUGCCUUAGAACUAGAGGCAAUAUAGCGUACAACACGAUUUCAAUCUUCUUACUAGCUUCUUCCAUCGUGUUCCGAGUGUUAUUUCGUUUCACACCCCGUUUCCCACACUGAUUUUAGGUUUCGAUAAACUUACAUUAGCGAACCGCAAAUUCCAUGUUUCGCGCGCGAUUGUAAUAUACGUUUGUUAUAUCGGAGGGGAGGGUUAAAACGUUUUUCUCUCCAUUAUAUUGAAUUAUUACACAUAGAGAGAGAGAGAGAGAGGUGCGAACGCCUCACCGCGCGCGCGACGUUCUCACGUCUGUCGUAUUAUCAACUUAGAGAGAUAAACGCGGUAUAUUAGUCGAAGUCGAUUUUUUUUUUUUUUUUUUUUUCCCCAAUCACCGCGAGUGCUUGAUAUAUCGGUGUACGUGUGUAAGCUUCCUGUGUACGAGUUUCCGAUUAGAGACACGAGAUUAUUAUCCAGACGCCGCUUCUCCGUUUCUCUCGAUUAUUAUUUUCCUGUGAUUACACGUUUCGGACUCGGCGGCGCGCGAAAGAAAUUCUUACGGGCUCGAGCGAGCGAGCGAACGCGGGAGAGAUGAAGAGAUCUCGAAUCGCGCGAGCUCCGUCCCACACACAAAUUUCUGUUACUUCUUACAAGCGUUUUUAAUGUCCCGCGCGCGCAUUGAUUAUACUCGAAGAAACAAAAUUUAUAAUAUCCAUAUGUCGCGUCUUUGUAAAAGGAAGAUAUUGUAACAUAUGAAUUUUUGAAAUAUAUGUAUGAUGUAUAUGUAUAUAUAUAUAUAUAUAUAAACACGCGCCUGUGAGAAGAGGCAAAAAAAAAAAAAAAAAUACCGCGCGUUUCUCAUCUCGUGCGAGUUAAACCACACAUUAUAGAUAUGUAUUCUCCGUAUUAUUCCGUAGUAGAAAAGAACAAAUGAUACAACCACAAGUUAUAGCGGGCAUAAAACAACAUUUCUCAGAUGUUACAUUCGAGAGAGAAAGAGAGAGAGAGAGAGAGAGAGAGAGAAAGAAAGAGAGAAAGUUUAUUACAGAUACAAUUUGUUAUACAUAAUGAUCUAUUAUAUAUGAUUGUUAUACGUCGGAUUUUAUGUACAAUUAGCGAGAUUUUUGCGAUUUUGCUUCAUGCGCAUAGAUACGAGACCGCACCGUCGGUCACGCGCGCGCGCGCAAGAGAGAGAGAUACUCAUCUGUGAAAACAGCGAUUUCGUUGAUAUUCGUGUUUGAAUAAAAAAGAAAAAAAGUAUUCCACUGAGGAGAAUGUAACACAUAGACUUCUGAUGUUUUUAGCGCUGUAGCGAGAUAUAUUGUGUAUUCGUGAUUAUAAAUAACUGUUCCUUCAAUUAUAUUUAUAGACGAUUA